AUGUGUGAAGUGACCUGGGGGACGUGUGAGGUGACCUGUGGGACGUGUGAGGUGACCUGGGGGAUGUGUGAGGUGACCUGGGGGACGUGUGAGGUGACCUGGGGGACGUGUGAGGUGACGUGGCGGAUGUGUGAGGUGACGUGGGGAAUGUGUGAGGUGACCUGGGGGACGUGUGAGGUGACGUGGGGAAUGUGUGAGGUGACCUGGGGGACGUGUGAGGUGACCUGUGGGACGUGUGAGGUGACCUGGGGGAUGUGUGAGGUGACCUGUGGGACGUGUGAGGCUCCAGGAAAGGGGCUGGAGUGGGUCUUGGGUAUUAGUUGGAAUGGCGGUAAGACGCACUAUGUGGACUCCGUGAAGGGCCAAUUUACAAUCUCCAGAGACAAUUCCAGGAAGUCCCUGUAUCUGCAAAAGAACAGACAGAGAGCCAAGGACAUGGCCGUGUAUUACUGUGUGAGAAAUCCUUGCAGUCAUGUUCUAGUAAAGCCCUCAGAGACCCUCUCCUUCACCUGUGCUGCCUCUGGAUUUCCGAUCAUAACCAGUACUUCCUCCUGGAGCUGGAUCUGCCAGCCCCCAGGGAAGGAGCUGAAGUGGGUCAGGGACAUGGAUGAAGCUGACAACCAUCAUUCUCAGCAAACUAACAGAAGAAUAGAAAACCAGACACCGCUGUUUUCACUCGUGUCCAGUGUGAGGUGCAGCUGGUGGAGUCUGCGGGAGGCCUUGGUACAGCCUGGGGGGUCCCUUAGACUCUCCUGUGCAGCCUCUGGAUUCACUUUCAGUAACGCCUGGAUGAGCUGGGUCCGCCAGGCUCCAGGGAAGGGGCUGGAGUGGGUUGGCCGUAUUAAAAGCAAAGCUAAUGGUGGGACAACAGACUACGCUGCACCUGUGAAAGGCAGAUUCACCAUCUCAAGAGAUGAUUCAAAAAACACGCUGUAUCUGCAAAUGAACAGCCUGAAAACCGAGGACACGGCCGUGUAUUACUGUACCACAGACACAGAUUCCAUGGCCACAGUCUGGACAGUGGAUGAGCCCACCAGCCCCAGCACUGACCUCCAAGCCAAGCAUGUCCCUGCCUUUGCUGUGGUCUCCAGUGCCAUGAACUCAGCCGCUGUCCUGGGCACCAGCCCAUCUUCCCCGACCUUCACCUUCACCCUCGGAUGGCAUUACUCGCGGGACUGCAGCAGCAUCAAGGCUGGCCACCGCUCCUCCUACCUGCUGGCCAUCACCACGGAGCGCUCCAAGUCCUGCGAUGAUGGACUCAACACCUUCUGUGACGAGGGCCAGGUUCUGCGGCACCUGCCAAACCGCAUACCCAGCCUGCCGUUGCUCCGGAGCUUCUUCACAGACGGGUCCUUGGAUAGCUGGGGCACCUCUGAAGAUGCUGACGCUCCUUCUAAGCGACACUCAACCUCUGACCUCUCAGAUGCGACCUUCAGCAAUAUCAGGAGAGAAGGCUGGUUGUAUUAUAAGCAGAUUCUCACCAAGAAGGGGAAGAAAGCGGGCAGCAGCCUGCGCCAGUGGAAGUGGGUGUACGCCGCGCUGCUGGCUCGCUCGCUCUCGCUGAGCAAGGAGCGGCGGGAGCCCGGGCCGGUGGCGGCGGGGGCUGCGGCGGCUGGCGCAGGUGAGGAUGAGGCGGCGCCCGUCUGCAUCGGCUCCUGCCUCGUGGACAUCUCCUACAGCAAGACCAAGAGGAGGCACGUGUUCCGGCUGACCACCGCUGACUUCUGUGAAUAUCUCUUUCAGGCUGAGGACCGGGAUGGCAUGCUGGGCUGGAUCAGAGCGAUCCGGGAGAACAGCAGGGCCGAGGGCGAGGACCCCGGCUGUGCCAACCAAGCUCUGAUCAGCAAGAAGCUUAAUGAUUAUCGCAAAGUGAGCCAUAGCUCUGGGCCCAAAGCUGAUUCCUCCCCCAAAGGCUCUUGCGGCCUGGGGGUCCUCAAGUCUGAGUUCCUCAAGCAGAGUGCGGCACGUGGCCUCAGGACUCAGGACCUGCCCGCAGGGAGCAAGGAUGACACUGCUGCAGCCCCCAAAACCCCCUGGGGCAUCAACAUCAUCAAGAAAAAUAAGAAGGCUGCCCCAAGGGCAUUUGGGGUCAGGCUGGAGGAGUGCCAGCCAGCCACGGAGAACCAGCAUGUCCCCUUAAUCGUGGCUGCAUGCUGUCACAUUGUGGAGGCACGAGGGCUGGAGUCCACAGGCUUUUACCGAGUGCCUGGCAACAAUGCAGUGCUGUCCAGCCUACAGGAGCAGCUCAACCAUGGGCCUGGUGACAUCAACCAGCAGGAUGAGCGCUGGCAAGACCUCAAUGUGAUCAACAGCCUGCUCAAGUCCUUAUUCCGAAAGCUGCCUGAGCCUCUUUUCACUGCUGACAAAUACAACGACUUUAUCGAGGCCAACUGCAUUGAGGACGCACGGGAGCAGAUGAGGACGCUGCGGAAGCUGAUCCGGGAUCUCCCAGUACACUACUAUGAAACGCUCAAAUUCCUUGUGGGCCAUCUCAAGACCAUCGCUGACCACUCUGAGAAAAACAAGAUGGAACCCUGGAACCUGGCCCUGGUCUUUGGGCGGACACUGGUGAGGACGUCUGAGGACAACAUGACAGACAUGGUGACCCACAUGCCUGACCGCUACAAGAUCGUGGAGACACUGAUCCAGCACUCAGACUGGUCCUUCAGUGACGAAGAGGACAAGGGAGAGAGAGAGUAAACCCCUGUGGGCAGCAAGGAGCCUCAGGCAGUGCCCAACAUUGAGUACCUCCUGCCCAACAUUGGCAGGACAGUGCCCCCUGGUGACCCGGGGUCAGAUUCUACCACCUGUAGUUCAGUCAAGUCCAAGGUGCCCAAUUCCAGGUGCAGCUGGUGCAGUCUGGGGCUGAAGGAGGAAGCUUGGGGCCUCAGUGAAGGUGUCCCGCAAAGCUCUGGAUACACCUUCACCAGCUACGAUAUUCACUGUAUCCUGGUGAGGAGCCACCCCACAUCUGUGCCCUUCCUUAGUGUCCACACCAUGGGGUCUGUGCUGAUCUGGGCUUCUCUUGUCAUCACUCUCAAUAUCCAGGUUCCCCAUGGAUCAGGCCCUGCUGUGGCUGCUCAAAGGGGGACAGGAGGGGACUGCCUGGUAGAUGCUUCUCAGAACCACCAGGGGGUGCUCAGGACAUCAGGAGGCACUAAGAACCAUCAGGGGAUGCUCAGGACACCAGGGGGUGCUCAGGACACCAUGGGUUACUCAAAACCACCAGGGGGUGCUCAGAACCACCAUGGGGCACUGAUGACAAGAAGGGAUGUUCAGAACCACCUGGGGGUGUGGAGCCUCAGGAAAACAGGGGCGCUCAGGACACCAGGGGGUGCUCAGAACCACCAGGGGGUACUCAGGAAACCAGGGGACUCAGAACCACUAGGGAGCACUCAGGACAUGAGGAGGCACUCAGGACAUGAGGAGGCACUCAGAACCACCGGGGACGAUCGGGACACCAGGUGGUUCAGAACCACUAGGGUGUGCUCAGAACCACCAGGGGUGCUCAGAACCCCAGGGGGGCGCUCAGGACACCAGGGGCAUCUCAGAAUAACCAGGCCGUGCUCAGGACACCUGGGGGGUGCUCAGGACCUCCAGGGGCGCACAGGAUGCAAAGGAUAG